UUAGAGGCCCAUGGUUAGUGCAGUGCCUGUGUCUGCCUGAGAGAUUUAACUCAGGGAAGAAGGUCUAAAUAUUCUCAGUUUCCGGAAGAUCAUUGUAGCCUUCCUAAAAGAAAGAAAAUGGAAUCCUAAAGUCGCACAUAGCUAAACAGUCAAGCGGUUUUCAGAGAGUAUUAGAAGAACAACUGGCAGUACAAUUACAUUGCUGCCAACACCAGUGAACAGCAACUGCAUCUUGCUGGAGAUUGGAGAACAUCCCUCAGCCCCCCCCCCCUCCCUUCUGAACCGAUGGAAGGGUCUGACAGCCUCGAGCAGAGUGGCAGUGACCUGCCAGAGUCACAACGCAGAAGGCAGCUGGACCGGCUGGAUAGGGAGGAGGCCUUCUACCAGUUUGUCAACAAUCUCAGUGAUGAGGACUAUCGUCUCAUGAGAGACAACAAUCUCUUGGGUACUCCAGGAGAGGUUACAGAGGAUGAGCUGUUUAAUAGACUUCAGCAAAUCAAAGAUGGUCCAGAACAGCAGAACAACACCCCUAGUACUGAAGUUGGAGAAGAUCCAGUUGUACAACCAGAAAACUCUGAGGAUCCUGCCAGUGGGGAUAGUCUCCUGGACUGGCUGAACACAGUAAGGCGCACAGGCAACACAACCAGAACUGGUCAUCGUGGAAAUCAGUCAUGGCGGGCAGUAAGCCAAACCAACCCAAACAGCGGCGAUUUUCGCUUCAGCCUGGAAAUCAGUGUGAACCGUAACCUGGCUGAACAACAGGCAGCUGCUGAAGGGGAGCAAGAGUCUCCAGAUGAGGCUCCAGAGGGUCAAGAAGUUGUGGCAAAUGUUGAACCACAGGUGCCCAUGGAGACAGAAGUGGUGGAAGAACCAGUUGUAGAGGAGUUGGCUGUCAUAGUGGAACCAGAGCCUGAACUGGAAGAGGUUGUUUCACAAGAGAUUUUAGGAGAACCUCCCAGCUCACCUGCUGCCCUGCCAGUACAAGCCCCACUUUCUCCCUCUCCACGCAGAGGACAAAGGAGAGCCCGGAGCCGCAGUCCGGAACCACGCAGGACCAGGGCCCGUACAGCCAGGAGUCGUUCCCCUCUCAGCUUGGAUCAGCUUGAUGGUCUUGCUAAUCCACGCCAGGCUCACAGCUCUCAAGGCCCUAACUCUGCCACCAAUGCUCCCCCUGUGCCUCAAGUGGAGGGCAGUUCACGGACUCGACAGCAUGUUCUUUCCAGGCAAAGCACUGCUGACACUGAUGUUCAGCCAUCUAGGGCUGGUGCAGAAUCAGUCCCAGAGGCCCAAAACGUUGAAUCUCAGGAAGGAGAAGCUGCUGGGGGAGAAGGUGGUGGAGAAGGGGGCGCAGGAGGGCGCCGUCCCCCUACUAUUAUGCUUGAUCUCCAGGUGCGUCGCGUGCGUCCAGGCGAAUAUCGGCAAAGAGACAGCAUUGCUAGUCGUACCCGCUCACGCUCCCAGAACUCAAACAACACAUUUCUUUAUGAGAGUGAGCGUGGUGGAUUUCGUAGGACUUUUUCACGCUCUGAACGUGCUGGUGUGAGGACCUACGUCAGCACUAUUCGCAUCCCUAUCCGAAGAAUCUCUGAUGCGGGUUUGGGGGAGGCAACCUCAAUGGCUCUCCAGUCUAUGAUUAGACAGAUUAUGACUGGUUUUGGUGAACUUGGCUACCUCAUGGAUUCAGACUCUGAUUCUUCAGAUUCAACCCGUGGAGCCAGCACACCUUCAGAUCUGGGUGAAGCCCUCAAUAACCCAGAUGCUACUCCUGCUGCUGCUCCUGCUGCUGAUGUUGAUGAAGCACCUGUGGCUGCUGGAGUCAGAGCAAGGACAGUUGAGACUGAUGUGGUUGAGGGGCUUGCCACUGGGCCACCUGCCUCUGGUGGCAGGGCUCGACCGAGACCACCUAUCAGUCUAGAGGAGCCCAGCUCACUGCCCUUCCUGCGGCUCGCCCACUUCUUCCUUUUAAAUGAUGAUGACGAGGACCAGCCUCAAGGGCUAACUAAAGAGCAGAUUGACAACCUCUCCAUGCGCAACUUUGGUGAGAGUGAUGCCUUGAAGACUUGCAGUGUCUGCAUAACAGAGUAUGCAGAAGGUAACAAGCUACGUAAGCUGCCCUGCUCUCAUGAGUACCAUGUGCACUGCAUCGAUCGCUGGCUGUCUGAAAACUCCACUUGUCCCAUCUGCCGCAGGGCCGUCCUGGUGUCGGCCAAUCGAGAGAGUGUGGUGUAGUUCAAUACAGACUGUGGGCCUUUUUGUCAACCUAAAUAAUCUAAUAUCCCAAGUCCAUGAAAGGCUUUUGAGGAAAUGUGUCUCCACUGUUGAAAUGUAUUUUCUUCAUACCAUUUGUGAGUUUGAUCAUAAUCCAGUUGCAGGUUUGAUAUGAGGUGCUCCAUACAGUGACAUUGGGACAUAUUCACUCUCUAGUAAGACGUUUAUUAAUGCAGUCCAAAGUUAGACACAAGCAAUGCAUGCUGUUUGAAUCAACCUGUAGUGACCAAGCCGUUUUUUGCACUGCAUCAAGCCAUGUGCACAAGCAGUGUAUCUAGUAUCUAAUAAAGGAGUAUUUAAUAAAAAAAUCCCCUGGUUGUAAAUGCUGCACAACUGCAGGUAGUUCAGGCACUUCAAAUCUGCUCUUUUGUAUUAGCUCCUAAAUUGCGCCUUUAUAUACUGUAAGUUGGGUAUUGGUACAAUUCUUAGUUAGACCAGUUCAAAGUAUUAGCUGUAAAUAAGCUUGUAAAAUGGUUUUGAAUCAUUCUUUGUAUCAUUUGAAUUGGUUUUGGAUUGUAAAUGAUCUCAUGAAGAUUAGGGUAGUGUUGGCCGCAAUUUAUCAUAGCAUCUCUAAAUUUGAUGUUAAACCAAUAGGUGGUAUAGGUGUAUACAGCAGAACUAUUUAGAGAUUGUGAUGUCCAAAGGAUGUAGGACAUUAAUUGGUUUGCCAUUUACAGUGUGACUUGUACUCUCCUUUUUUGUUCACCAGAAAGAAACAAACUACUGUUUUGGAGUGGCAUAAACCAUGAAAAUUCUCAAGAGUGUGAUCAAUUGUUUAAAAAAAAAAAAAAAACCCAGAAUGUUGUACAGUAAUAAGGGAAAGAUAAAUCCAGUUGGGUAACUUUUGCAAAGCACAAGUUUAUUUUGGAAUCAUAGCAUCUUUAUUCUUAUUCUUGAUCAUUAAAAUGAUUGAGUAGCAUCCAUACCAGAAAAUAGGGAUGUCUCAAUAUUGGUGGUAGAUACUGAGUAGGAGAUGAUAUCAGAUUGUUGGCAUGUGAAUUUCCCCACAUCAAAAAUAUUUACUAACAGGCAUGACAUUUCAGAAAUUUAAAUAUAGUUGUUUUUGCUCCCACCACCUCCCCACCCCACAUGUAAAAAAAACAUUUACUUUAUAAUGUACAACCUCUUGUACAAUCAUUUUGUGCUGACGUCCAUUAGCUACUGGUCUGAUUCUUAAUUUUGCCACAAACGUAAUGGACGGUCUUUAUUAAUUGACUAAUGUAUUAAGUUUUCUAAGCUGGUUUUGAUAUGACCAGAACUUGACCUCAGCUGAAAUGUAGACUUGCGUUCUCAACUCCACCUCAGUGUGCAAGUGACAAGUUAUUAAUCCAAAGGUUCAAGUGUCAGACGUUGCCAAGUCUGAAAACAUUUUUUGUCCUUGUGUCUUAGUGAGGCUCCAGCAGAAAGUCAGGAUGCUCACCCACUGUGCUCUCCUGCCUCAUGAGCAGACGCUCCAUAUCAGUGUGCAAUACAUGCAAAAGUGAAAGUAGAGGGGGAUACAAAAAAUGAUAUUAAUGUAUGCUAUUCUUAAAAACUGUUGUUUAAUGGCUAAAAUCUUAAAUGAAGACUUAUUAAGUUUUAAAAUGUGUUGAAGUUCAUUUUAUUUUAUUUAGAAAUUCAGUAGGUUUUUAUAGCACUGUUGACGAACAGGAACACUGGCUGAAGGAAGAAAAGGGCAUCUCUUAAUGCCAAUGUCCUGUCACGUUUCUUGUUUCACUGUUUGAUGUCUUUACCACAAUUAUUACUUCCCUUCUUGGGACAAAGUUUGAAUGCAAGACAUUGUCCUUGUUGAAAACCAUAAACAUGUAAAUGAAAUGUAUGUUCCCUCUCAGGCCAUCCUUUAGUUUUGGCCUUGUUCUGUGACCCACCCAGUGCAGUAUGUUAACUGGGUGUUAAAUGAAACUAACCGCUGAAUUAAACAAGUUGUUAUGCUACAAAAUGCAUUGCCGUCAUGCAUUCUGUACAUCCAGCUGCACACAUUAUUAAUUAUUCCUUCUACCUUAUAUAUUAAAACUGUUUAAAUACUCUUUUA